AUGGUAAGUAGCACGGAUAGCACUGAGAGCAAGCUUUCGGAGAAAGAUAGGAGUGUAUUCUUCGCUUGUCAGGAUUCAUGCUUAUAUACGAAGCACAGGUCAUACGACCUCCAAACAGGUCAGGUGAGGCCAUACUGGCCCACAUCAGAGCUUGUAUUAACCGCCGCUAUUGUUGCUUCUAUUAAAACUGUGUUUGCGCUUCUGACUACAAUGUCCAUGUCAGACGUACGAACUGUUACGGUCUACGGUUGGACCAGCGUAACUCCACCAGUGGUGCUCCACAGCCUAGCCAGGUUGGAACAGGGCUCGCUUAUGAACCAGUCGGAGGACACGGAGGUUACGGAAGCAGCGCAGCUACCCGCGCAAGUCAAACAAGACCGUUUGACCCGGCCACCAUACUGCCGCCUAAGGGCAAACCACGAUCCGCCUUUACGUAGGACUGUACACCCUGCCGUUGGCCCCUUUUAUCCGUCCUACCCCAUCAGGAAUACCAUUGACCCUAGGUGUAACGGCGCAGGCAAGACAAUGGGUCCGAAUGCGGUGGGAAUCCACUCAGAGGCAUAUGGGAGUGCGUGGGGACUCUGA